CAGUCAGUGGUUCUGCGAGGCAGCCUUUAUCAUCGCUCUCCCGGAACUGCCUCACGGUGACCAGAUGACAUGGUGGGAAGCUAGGCCUCUACGCAGCCGAUGCCUAGUGGCUAACGCCGCAAUCCUACCCAGAGCUGCCGGAAGAAGUUAGAACCGCCACUCGACCUCUUCCUCCUAAGGCUCGGCACGAUACACCUAUAGCAGCAGGUCCACACCCUCCGCCAUGGCAAACUCGGUAAAGUGCUUUCCCACCUUGAUGACCUGGAGGCGAAAGGGGCAACCAAGGGACUUGGGCGCUGGUAAUGUGGGACGCACACAUGCAGGGGGAACCGGAGUCCAAAAAUAAGGGUUCUGUAUAUGGACAUGCCUCCGUUACCAGGCGCUGAGUUGGUUCAGACCCCGGUACAGCUGUACCGCUACUUACUUCGGUGCUGCAAGAAAUUACCUACUCCGGUCAUGCAACAGCACUAUCGGCAUGCAGUGAGACAGGGAUACAGCAGUCAUGCAGAUGAAGAUGACCCUCGUCGGAUCUCCCAGAUCAUUCAGCGGGCUAUUGAGGAUGCCGACUGGAUCCUCAACAAAUAUAAGCAGAAUUAGAAGAAGGAAGCAAAAAGGUUUCAGAUGGGAAAGAACGAUGUCAUCAUUCUGCGCUUCUGCUGCUCAGGGAAGAUCGAGGUCAUCAUUCUGCGCUCCUGCUGCUCAGGGAAGAUCGAGGUCAUCAUUCUGCGUUUCUGCUGCUCAGGGAAGACCUGUGAUGCGCUGUUGUAAGCUUGUGGCCAAAGGACUAAAACAUGCCUCAGAUAUACAGUACCAGGGCUGGCGGUGCCGGAUGCAAAAAUCCCAGUACUUAGCACUGAGACCGUGGAUCCUGCUGCCAUGUGCUGUCCACCAUGUCUCGAAACUGAUCAAAAUAUGUACUUGCCAAAAAGACGCAUAAUUAGUUUGGUGGUUCAGUAGUAACAUGGAGUUGCUCCACCUGUGGGAAACAGCGAGUUACUGGUACUGUCACUGACUGCUCCACCUGUCCACCUGUUUGGGAAGGGUAUCUGGACAAAAGGAGGAAUUAAAUAAAUGUUGAUGUUGUAACAUAUUCAUUUUACUGCUAUAUUAUGACUGUUUUAUAAAUGCUUCAGUGGUCUAAUGUUAUCAGAACUAAAAAAAAUGAGUAUGUGACACAAAGUUUGGAUGAGUAGUUUUGGCUAUCUGCAGCCUAUACUUGAAGGGUGAACUGAUUCCAGGAAGGCUCUGUAAUCUGUCCAGGGUGUGCACUUAGUGAAGUAAUGCAAGUUUUACUUGACAUCUGAAAAUGUAUAAAAUACGUGUAUGUAAUUAGGUUUUUACUUUAAUAUGUGUUGAAGUUUGAGGCAUGAUUUGGCAGAUGAGGUAUAUUAUUUUAUUUUAUAUCUUCAUAAAGUUGCUGUUUGUGGGCUGUCGAGAACCAAAGUCUGCCUACUGAAUUGUACAUGAUUAUCAAACAAAUAUUUUCAUGUAAAUGAUGUAUUUCCUGCUCUUGUAUUCCUCAUGCUGACAUAUGGCAGAAAAAUGAUGUACCAAUGAUUGAAGCUGAUCCACCCAAUUAAAACCAAUUAACAAA